AGAAUAGCAACCAGAGCCAGUAUUCUCUCGUCUCCUUCAAUUCUUUUAGAAAUCAAUAGUGACAGGGUGCACAUACACGCGCCAACCGGCGAACUCCUUUUUUGUCUUCUGGUCGCGCAAGCUUGACAAAGACAUAGAAUCAGCAGCGGCGGAACAACGAAAAAAGACACGUGAACGAUUGAAGCAGACGAGAAGAGAAGAAGAAGAACGGCAUCUGUUUAACGAGGGUAGAAACUUUCUCUUCAUUGUGCUCGCAGCUCAGCCAAUCACCUGCCCUUUCUAUUCUUUUCUAAAACACAAAUCCGCAUGCUGAUGUGCUCCAUUGGAUGUUCUUCAGCUGUGGCGUGAAUAGCAGCUCCCCAGGUCGUCAACUAGUUGUGAGCGAGUCGGUUUCGGAAGAUAAUCUACACAACCCAUCAUCACACGCGCUCCGAACCCUAUCCCCGGUUUCACCACCGACAGCUAAUUCUAGUAGUUCAACUAGCAGAUCUUGCUCACCAGUUGUUCGUGCAGAAACUAUCGUUGCUGGCAAGUGGACGCAUAUAUCUGGAAAAGUUUCUGUUAGGCCAUUGACGCCUUCUGAAACCGAAUCGGUUCUUGACCGUCAACGUCAGAAAAAUCGUCGAUCUUCUAGAAAAGACAAGCUCAAAAUGUCGACUCACGACGAUACUCGAAGCUCUGGUGGAGGAGACGGAACAAUUCAUAUUCCGUCGGCAGAUGCCAAGGAGCCAACUCCGGAGAGCCCAGGCUCUCGUUCCAACUACGGAGAAUUCUACUGGGAUACUUCUGGUGAGAACAACUAUCACCACACUUCCUCGUUUGACGAUGAUCUUCUCCUCGAAAUUGAUAGCUCUCGUGGAGCCGCAGUCGCUCGUCUUGACCGUACUCAGGACGACUUGAACAAAUUUCGUCAGCGUAUCGACAACAAUGUUGAGCAACAAAGAGAAUAUAGUGAGAUGAUGGCUGCUCUCCAAAACAAGGUACAUGAAUACCGAAAACACAUUGCUGAGCUUGAAGGAAGAAUGGUUGGAGCGCGCAAUCGUAUGCUAGACGACCCUACCUCAAAUGUCAUGAUCUUUGACAACUAUGAUCCAGGAAAUACUUACAUUACUAACCACAACGUUGAGUUAUGGAGCCCGGCAAGAGGAAAGCGGGAGACAAUCCUUGGCGGAGGUGGCGCGCCAGGGCUCACCACAGUGAAUGUGCACGCUGGAGCUGGCUACUCGGGAAGUGGAGUUGCUGGAUAUGGUGGAGGUGUUCAGGCAAUGGUCGGUGACCCGAAUGCCAACUAUGAGAUGAUUGCCAGGUUAGAUGAAGAGAGAAGACGUUCGGAUGAGUACAGAAUGCAGUGGGAGAAUGAACGUCAGAAGUCAUUAUCAUUGGAAGACGAGAAUGAUCGUUUGAGACGUGAAUUUGAGCGGUAUGCCAAUGACAGCAAAGAUAAGGAGAAGACAUUCAUCAAUCGUGAAAGAAAUUUGGCUCAAUACCUCAGCGAUGAGCAGCGUAAAAUGCUAGAUCUCUGGACAGAGCUUCAAAGAGUCCGCAAACAGUUCUCUGAUUUGAAAACCCACACAGAAGAAGAUCUUGACAAGCAAAAAGCUGAAUUCACUCGUGCCAUUCGGAAUGUCAACAACAUCUCAAGAAACGCCGCAUUUUCCGCAGGUGCUGGUGAUGGUCUUGGGCUUUACGGAUUGGAAGAUGGUGGAGAUGUGAACAGAACUACCAACAAUUACGAGAAAGUUUUCAUUGAAACCAUCAAAAGAAUGAAUGGAACUGGUGGAGCUGGAUCGGCUUCAAGUGCAGAUCUUCUUGAGGAGUUGAGAAAAAUUCGUGGAGGCGGAAGCUCGGAAGGAGAUGCUGAAUUACACAAAGAACUGAUGACCAAGUAUGAGGAAUCAAUUGAAAGAAACAUUGAGUUGGAAUCCAGAGGAGAUGACUCUCAGAGAAAGAUUGCUGAACUUGAAGCUGAACUUCGCCGAAAUCGUGAGAAGCUUAACGAAGCUCAAGGUGCAUUGAAGAAAUUGCACGAAAUGGCUCAAGAUAGUGAAAAGAAUGUUGAUGGAACUGUUUCGAUAAAGAGAACGCGCUCUUUGUCACCAGGAAAAACGCCACUACCACCAUCUGAGGCCCUUCGUGCUGUUCGAAACACAUUCCGCAAUAAGGACAAUGAUAUCCAACAAUUGGAGAGAAAAUUGAAGAUUGCUGAAAGCCAAGUUAAGGAGUUCUUGAACAAGUUCGAGAAUGCCGAUGAAGCUCGCCGUCGUCUUGACAAGCAGUUUGCUGAUGCGAAACGCGAGAUCAGCAACCUUCAGAAGAGCGUUGACGAAGCUGAGCGCAACUCUCGUCGCACUGACGACAAGCUCAGAGCCUCAGAGGCCGAGCGUGUCGCGGCCGAAAAGGCAAGGAAGUUCUUGGAAGAUGAGCUUGCCAAACUUCAAGCAUCAUUCCAAAAGAGCUCAACCGACGAUGCUCGCAAGCUCCGUGAUGAGAUGGAUGAGCACACCAAUUCUAUCCAAGAAGAGUUUAAGACUCGCAUUGAUGAGCUGAACCGUCGUGUGGAGAACCUACUUCGUGAAAACAACAGGCUCAAGUCAGAAGUCAAUCCAUUGAAAGACAAGUAUCGUGAUUUGGAGAACGAGUACAACAGCACCCAACGUCGUAUUGAGGAGAAGGAAACUCAAAUCCGCUAUUCUGAUGAUAUUCGCCGCAAUAUUCAAAAAGAUCUGGAUGAUCUCCGAGAAAAAUAUGAUCGAGUCCACACUGACAAUGAGAAAAUCCUUGGUGAAUUGGAACACGCACAGAAAGCAGCACACUUGGCUGAACAACAAUUGAAGGAGAUCAAGAUUCAGCGCGAUGAUUAUCAAAAGCAGAAGGAUGAGCAUGCUCGCCACCUCUUCGAUAUCCGUCACAAGUUGGAGACUGAAAUCAAGGGACGUCAAGAUUUGGAGAAGAAUGGAGCCCGUAACAAUGAUGAGCUCGAUAAACUUCGCCAGACUAUCAGCGAUUAUGAGAGUCAAAUCAACUUGCUCCGUCGCCACAAUGACGAGCUGGACACUACAAUAAAGGGACAUCAAGGAAAGAUUACUCAUUUGGAGAACGAGUUACACUCACGUUCCGGAGAGAUUGAGAAGUUGAACGACUUGAACCAACGUCUUCAAAAAGAAAAACAAGAUAUUCUCAACCAGAAGUUGAAGUUGGAUGGAGAUGUUCAAGCAUUGAAGGAGACAAUUAGAAAGUUGGAAAACGAAUUGGAAAAACUUCGCAACGAAAACAAGGAACUUGUUGGAAAAGAAGCUCGAGCAAGAGAUGCUGCCAAUCAACAAUUGUCCCGUGCCAAUCUUCUCAAUAAGGAAUUGGAAGAUACCAAACAAGAUCUGAAGCACUCUACAGAUGUCAACAAACAAUUGGAGCAAGACAUUCGUGAUUUGAAGGAACGCUUGGCUAAUAUUGGAAAAGGAGGACGCAUUUCGCGUGACAGCACCACAGGAACCGAUGGAGGUGCUUUCGGUGAUCGCAGCAGUGUUGCUGAUCCGUCGAGAACUCGCGGAGCAGCUGGAAGCACCGUUUUCGUGCCAGCUGCCGAGGACAUUGAGAGCAGAGGUGGAGGUGAAAUCGAUAUUCCAUCAUCUGGAGAUGUCAUUCACGGACGCGAUGGUCGUGAUGGCAGGGAUGCUGGAAACCGUGGAACUCAUACCAUUACAAACACCAAGGAGCGCAUUGAGAGAAUCGAGAAGAAUAUUCUCGAUCGUUAUCAUGAUGAUGAGCUGGUCGAGCACAAGAUCCGCGAGGUCAAUGAUCGCUGGAAGAGGGAGCUUGAACGGCUUGAAAACGAAAAAGACGAUCUUGAGCGCAGAAUCCGUGAGCUCGAGGAUGAGCUUUCUCAGAUCGGACGUGGAAACGAUAAAACUGAGAACGACAUCACCGAGUUGAAGAGAAAACACGCAGCUGAAAUUGACAAGUUGAAAAGUGAUAUCAGUGCUCUCCAUGACAAACAUCUCAGUGACCUGGAUGAUGAAAAGGAGCAGUAUGGAAAGGCUGUUGAGAAUCUCAAAUCUGUUGAAGAUGAUCUUCGUGAUAAGCUCAACAAUUUAGAGAAGCAAUUGGCUGAUUCUCUCAAUCGUGAAAAUGAAUUGGAGAGAGAAAAGAGAGAUUAUGAUGAGAAGAUCAACAGCUUGUAUGGUCAGAAUCAAAAGAUCAAGGACGAGUGGGAUGAUUUCCGCAAUGAUGCCGAUAAGGAAAUUCAAAAGUGGAAGACGGAUGCUUACACUGUUCGCUCAGAAGCCAAGGCUCUUGAAACCACCAAUACUGCGUUGAAGGCUCAAUUACAAGCUGCAAACGACAGAAUUGAUCAUCUCACGAAGACCGUCAAUGAUCACACUUCUAAAGUUCGCGACUUGACUUCCCAAGUUCGUCAUCUUGAAGAUGAGCUUGCUGACACUAAAGGAAACCUUGUGCAGAAGGAAAUGGAUCUUGAAAGCACCCAAAAUCGUCUUCGCUCUCUUGAAGAUCAACACAGCACUCUUCAAAGUGACGCUAACAAAUGGCGCGGAGAAUUAGAUGCUGCUCUCCGUGAAAAUGAUAUUCUCAAGAGCAACAACACUAAUAUGGAAACUGAUUUGACCCGUCUCAAAAAUCGUCUGAAGUCCGCCGAAGACGCAUUGAAAGAGUUGAAGAACAGUUUGAGCCAUGCAAAGACCGAGAAAGAACGCCUCCAGAACGCUUUCCGCGAGAAGACCAAGCAAGCCGAUCAUUUGAACCAGUUGGCUUCUCAAUUCGAUACCAAGCUUACCAAGCUUCGCAACGAGCUCCAAGACACCAACGAUAAGCUUAUCACAUCGGACACAGAGAGAAAUGCUCUUCGUAACGAGCUUCAAAAAUUGAGCCAGGAGCUUAAAUUUGGAAAUGAGCAGAUUCAACGCAAAUCGGACGAAUACCAAACUACUAUUGAUGAUUUAGCACAUUCCCAUCGUGUUUCGGAAGACAGUCGUCUCAAUGCUCUUCAAGAACUUGAAGCCAGAAAGUAUGAAAUCAAUGACUUGACUUCUCGUCUUGACAGCACUGAACAACGUUUGGCCACACUUCAACAAGACUACAUCAAGGCUGAUUCUGAGAGAGAUAUUUUGUCGGAUGCUCUCCGUCGCUUCCAAUCAUCUGCCAAUCGUGUUAUCAACUUCCAUACAUUUGUGGACGGUGGAGCCGGAUAUGUUGAUGGUGUUCCAGGAGGAACCAGUGUCAUCGGAGGAGGUCCAUCAGCUCAACGUUCAGGAGCAUACGAUCCAAGCAGUGGAGGUGUGAUCGGAUCUGGAAUUAGUGGAGGACCAGGCGGAUCUGAUUUCGGUCGUGAAAUCGAAAUAGGUCGCGGUGACUCGGAUCAAUCCGAUGUUGCUUAUCCUCGUUCAGUUCCGUUCCCACCAUCUGCUGACUUUAGCAGCGGACGCCCAGGCGCUGCAUCUGCAGGCGGACGUGUGAUCAAUAAUCUUGAUGGAACCACAACAGUUAAUAUGAAUGGAGGGUUCGACAUUGCCAACCUUGAAGGAACUCUUCAAUCGUUGCUCAACAAGAUUGAGAAGCUUGAGAUGGAGCGCAAUGAGCUUCGAGAUACCUUGGCCAGAAUGAAAAAGAAGACCACUGAGACUCACACCACCAUCAAUCAGAAGGAAACUCGUUACAGAAACAUUGAAGAUAACCUUCAAGAUGCUGAAGAAGAAAGACGUGCUCUCGAAUCUCGCCUUCAAUCAGCCAAAACACUUCUCCGCUCCCAAGAAGAGGCCCUCAAGCAGAGAGAUGAGGAACGUCGUCAAAUGAAAUCAAAGAUGGUGGCUGCUGAGCUUCAGGCACGUGGAAAGGAAGCCCAACUCCGUCAUUUGAAUGAGCAACUGAAGAACUUGAGAACCGAUUUAGACAAUGCUCAUACUGAUAUUCGUUCCCUCCGUGAUAAGGAAGAACAAUGGGAUUCCAGCCGUUUCCAAUUGGAGACCAAAAUGCGCGAAAGUGAUUCGGACACAAACAAAUACCAACUUCAAAUUGCAUCGUUCGAGAGUGAACGCCAAAUUCUCACCGAAAAGAUCAAGGAACUCGAUGGUGCCCUUCGUUUGAGCGACUCAAAGGUGCAAGACAUGAAGGAUGAUACUGACAAACUGCGCCGCGAUCUGACCAAAGCCGAAAGCGUUGAGAAUGAGCUCCGCAAAACAAUCGACAUUCAGAGCAAAACUUCACAUGAAUACCAACUUCUCAAAGACCAACUUCUCAACACUCAGAAUGAAUUGAAUGGAGCCAACAACCGCAAGCAGCAACUUGAAAAUGAACUUCUCAAUGUUCGCAGUGAAGUCAGAGACUACAAGCAACGUGUGCACGACGUCAACAAUCGUGUUUCGGAGCUUCAACGACAACUCCAAGAUGCUAAUACGGAGAAGAAUCGCGUUGAGGACAGAUUCCUUUCUGUUGAAAAGGUUGUCAACACAAUGAGAACCACUGAGACUGAUCUUCGUCAGCAAUUGGAGACAGCCAAGAACGAGAAGCGCGUUGCCACGAAAGAGCUAGAAGAUCUUAAGAGACGUCUUGCUCAAUUAGAAAAUGAGAGACGCAACUCCUCGCAGCUUUCCGAUGGAUGGAAGAAAGAAAAAAUCACUCUGCUCAAGAAGAUUGAACUUCUUGAAAACGAGAAGCGCCGAACUGACGCUGCCAUCCGCGAGACUGCCCUUCAACGUGAGGCUAUCGAAAAGUCAUUGAAUGCUAUGGAACGUGAGAACAAGGAGCUCUACAAAAACUGCGCCCAACUCCAGCAGCAAAUUGCCCAACUUGAAAUGGAGAAUGGAAACAGAAUUUUGGAACUCACAAACAAACAACGUGAAGAGCAGGAGAGACAACUCAUCAGAAUGCGCCAAGAAAAAGGACAGAUCGAGAAAGUCAUCGAAAACCGUGAGCGUACCCAUCGUAAUCGCAUCAAGCAGCUUGAAGAUCAAAUCGCAAUUCUCCGUGAUCAACUUGAUGGAGAGCGUCGCCGCAGACGGGAGUAUGUUGAUCGUUCCAUGGUUAAUGAUAUUGGACGUCUCGGCUCAAAUGUUCUUGGAAUUCGUAACAGCUAUGGAGAUAACAGCAUUGAUGCCAUUAUCAAUGGUGGAAGCCGUUCAGUAGGAUUUUAUCCACGUUCGACGUUUGCUUCAAAUCCAUUGACUCCUCCACUCGGAAGUUCUACACCAACUCAUCGUCCACACGUGACCGAUUUCAGAAGCGCCGUUGACGCUGGCAGCAGCUAUCGCCGUCCAAUCUCGACGAUUGAAGAUUCGGGAUCGGUGUACGGAGGCUCGAUUAGAGAUCGCGACUCGGUCUACGGUGGCGGUGGGCGUGAUUCGUCGUUCGGCACUCGUGCCGGCGAUUCCAUCUCUCGUGCGGGUGUCGAGCCACGAGAUCCAUCGCUCGUCGAAAUUCCAUCCAACGAGCCGCCAAUGACAACGUCCACCCAUUCUCAAGGAGGAUCUCGCUAUGAUACCCUGGCACCUAACCGCGACGACUUGUAGAUACCACUCACCACAGACUGCUUGACCAACUCGACUAUACGCUUCUGCCUAACAAGCAACUUCACAUAACCCCAUUGCUUUUUCCAAAUGCUUUUUCUUUUAUCGCUUAUAAUUCCGUUUCCUUCUGUCCUCGUUUCAAUUCAAUUAUUUGAAUAUUCCUAUAUUCUCAGUCCCUUAAAAAAAGUCCAAUAAUAACUACACCGCCCUCUCCAGUUUUCCCCGAUUUUCAUGUGCACCAGACGCCCUUUCUUCCAUUACUUUUCUCAACUUUCUAUCGUUCCGACUACUGCCCUUCGCAAACUUUGACAAUAAGUCUCAUCUAUAAUGUAUUGUAACUCAAUAGUUAGCAACCGUGAUGUAAUAAAGUCUGUAAUUACCCGAGUCCAA